CAGAGGAUGAGCGCUUGCUCUAGGCUGCUGUGAGAUACUGUGUGUGUGUGUGCGCGCUUGCGCGCGCGAGUGAGUGAGUAAGUGAGUGAGUGAGAGAGGGGUGGGGGGGGUUUGUGCCCAUCUUACCGGGACGGGACCAUACGGGAAUACUGGUCCUCUAGGUGUGCUUAUUUUUUUCUGAAGACUCCCACAAGUUUUGUUUAAGCUGUGACUUGACCUGAGAUCUAGGAAUAAUGACUGUUGCUAAUGCCAAGUCUGGUACAGCUAUGCAGAAAGUGUUGGAUAACCUCAAGGAGUUGCCUCCCUCCACCGGCGCCAAAGACAUUGACCUCAUCUUCCUCCGUGGAAUCAUGGAGAGUCCCAUAGUCCGCUCUCUGGCCAAGGCUCAUGAGAGACUGGAGGAUGUGAAGCUCGAAGCAGUGCGGAACAACAAUGUGGAGCUGGUAAGCGAGAUUCUGUCUGACAUCAGUGGCCUGGCCGAGCAUAACGACAGUGCAGCAGAGCUCUCCAAGAUCCUCAAGGAACCGCACUUCCAGUCCUUAAUAGAAACUCAUGAUCAGGUGGCUGCUAAAUCUUUUGAAACGCUUUCGUCUGCGGCAAACAACACUACCAUGAGCAACACCUCUCUUAUGCCAGUGGACACUGUGCGUAUGAUCAGCAUCCAGAAGAAGGCAGGAGAGCCACUGGGCGUGACAUUCCGAGUUGAAAAUGGCGAGCUUGUGAUCGCGCGCAUUCUUCAUGGCAGCAUGAUUGAUAAGCAGGGCAUGCUGCAUGUGGGCGACGUCAUCCGGGAGCUGAAUGGCCAGGAGGUGGGCGGUGAUCCUAUGGCAUUACAGGAGAUGUUGAAAGAUAUCAACGGAAGUGUCACCCUCAAAAUCUUGCCCAGCUACAAAGACACACCCACACCUGCACAGGUGUAUUUGCGACCUCAUUUCAAAUACAACCCUGAAACAGACAACCUCAUUCCCUGCAAAGAAGCAGGGCUGGCUUUUUCCAAAGGGGAGAUCUUGCACAUUGUGAACCGGGAGGACCCCAACUGGUGGCAGGCGUGUAGUGUAGUUGGAGGCCGGACUGGACUCAUCCCAAGCCAGUACUUGGAAGAGAAGAGGAAAGCAUUUGUACGGCGAGACAUGGAAGGCUCAGGAAUUCUUUGUGGAACAAUAACUGGAAAAAGGAAGAAAAAGAAAAUGAUGUACUUAACAGCAAAGAAUGCAGAAUUUGAUCGUCAUGAGCUGCAGAUCUAUGAAGAGGUAGCUAGGAUGCCCCCGUUCCAGAGGAAGACACUCAUCCUGAUAGGUGCUCAGGGUGUGGGCCGCAGAAGCCUGAAGAACAGGCUGAUUGUGUUAAACCCACUGCUCUUUGGCACCACUGUACCCUUCACAUCUCGACGACCACGUGAAGAAGAGAAGGACGGACAGUCUUACUGCUUUGUGUCCAGAGCAGAGAUGGAGAUGGACAUUAAAGCAGGCCGUUACCUCGAGCAUGGGGAGUAUGAUGGGAAUAUGUAUGGCACCAAAAUCGACUCAAUUCUCGAGGUGGUAAACACCGGGCGCACCUGCAUACUGGAUGUUAACCCACAGGCACUGAAGGUAUUGAGAACCGCAGAGUUUAUGCCAUUUGUGGUUUUCAUCGCUGCUCCUGAGCUGGACACACUACGAGCCAUGCACAAAGCUGUGGUGGAUGCAGGGAUCACCACCAAACUACUAACGGAAACGGACUUAAAGAAAACAGUGGACGAGAGUGCCAGAAUCAAACGGGCAUAUAGCCAUUACUUUGACUUGACAAUAGUGAACGAUAAUCUGGAUAAGGCUUUUGAGAAACUGCAGGAGGCUGUAGAGCAUCUGUGCACAGAGCCUCAGUGGGUACCGGUUAACUGGGUUUACUGAUCCGUCCAUCCUCAUCCUCAUCCUCUUUAGCACCACCACCACCACCACCACCACCAUCCAUCCUCAUCUUCAUCGCUGGUGUCAUGGACCACGGCAGGACUGUCAGUGGUUAAUGUGUCUUAGCCUGACCCUGAAGUCCAACCCUGCUAUGCAAAGCUACACCAUCCAUGAUAAAAGAAAGGGAAGUGUACUUAUUUAUUGACUUUUUUUUUUUUUUUUAAAUCUACCAGCAAAGCACAUCUUGAGGCAUAACUGUUCCUUGUGUUACUGUACAAACAAUGUACUUACAGGGUGUUGGAAGUAAUUUUGUUAUCAACAGUGAAGUUGAAGCAGACAUCAUUGCUGUGAGCUGCGAUACACUUUUGUAGUGGAGCGUUUCAGCUGCCAAUUCAUCUUUUUGAUCUCUUUAAUGCUAGUUUUCUAUAUAUUAGUAAAUGUACUCAGCAGUUUUCAUGGUACUGCUACACUGAAACUCAUUACAUUACUGAAAUAUUGUUGUACUACGUUGUCUUUUAUUGAUGGAGAAAAGACGGAGAAUAGAGAAGCUUAAAAUAUUUUACCAACUAUUUUUUUUUUUUUAACUAAGAUAUAACGCCACUUUACAUUAUGCUGUAAUUGUAGCAGCAAAUGUAGUAGAAAAUCAGCUAAACACUGUGGAGUGUCUAUUCAUAUGUUUUCGUGUUGGAUCGUUGUCAAAAAUGUGUCUAUGCUUAAAAAAAAAAGCACAGUAUUCAUCUCAAUGCCUUUGCAGCAUCAUGCAAACUUGACAGUAGUGACAAAUGUACUUAGUAAACAUGGAUUUUGGGACACAAGGUUUAUAACUAAAUUUUUGUUGUUGUUUUUUUCUAUAAACACUGACUUGCCCAUGUAUUUGUGUGCUAUAUUUUGAAUCUAUGCCUUUUGUGUCCUUAUAACCACAUUAAUAAUGUGCAUCUGCCCUAGCUCUCUUUUCAAUUGGAAAAAGUGUGCUUUUUUUUUUUUACUUUACUAAAAACCCUGCACAGUAAGAUCAUGUCAUUUACAGCGGUUCUAUUUGUUUAAAUAGUUUUUAUCCAUAGUUUUUUUUUUUUUAUAUAUAUAUAGUUUUUAUCCAGCAGCCCAACAAGCACAAAAUGUAAGAAAUUUUUAAUGCACUGAUAAAACCGAGAGAAAAACGAAGGUGCUUUGGCGCUUAAUCUAAAACUCACUAGCUAGAGAUCGGAAAUGUAAAGAAAGAUUCGCUAUUUUUCAUAUUACUCUAGCAGGGGCAGGAUAGUGUUGUGGCUAUACAAGGUCUAAGAGCAUGACUUGUUUCAUGAGUGCCAGCGCAAUCAUAACAGUUUGUUUUAUAUUUCUGUCUGUUUCUGUCCCUAAAAUAUUAAUUAUAGGAUUUAAGUAAUUUCUGCUCUGUUUAUGGCCCAGUAUGAUCCAAUAAAGCCUUUAAACUAACAAAACAAACAAUUUACUACACAGCAGUGGCUUUAACACAGCAGUUAAGUAUUGCUUGUGCCCAAUCUGCAAUUUUGAAAUGAAAGCUUUUCUAUAGAACAGUGUAUCUCAAUGAUUUUGACUAAUAGGAUAUGAUUUACAUUUCUGUCAAAACAUAUUGCUGAAACUCUUUGUUCACAUAAAAAAGUUCCCCGUCAGUUGAAUCCCUGCUGUCAGAUUUUCUUUUUUAUUUCUGAAACUGAAAUGCUUGAGAACUACAGCAGCGCACUGUUUAAUGAUUUCCUGUUCCAGUGCACCUCAUUACCAGCUGACGAGUUCAACAGUCUCUUGGUUAAUUGUAAGGUGAUGAAAUCACAAACCUGCGCAAUGCUGCCGUUCUUCACAAUGAAUGGUGAGAAUAUUGCACUGGACAUUGUCUCCCUUUGUCUUUGUGCUAGUUUAUCUGUUAUGUCUACACCUGCAGAUAUAUUUCACUAUGACCAUACCUGUAUUUUAAAAUUCGAAAAACAGGCAUUAAAAUUGUAUUUUCAGAUAA